UCAAUCAAAAUGGAUAAAAAAUUGGUAAAUAAUCAGAUUGUUACUAUGAGAAAGCAUGUCAAAAUUGCUAGAAAUCGAAUUUCCCAAAAGAUUUAUCGGUCAAUCAAUCAGAUAAAACAGAAAAUUGUUAAAUGGGAAAAUAUCGAAAAUGUUGAUAAUGAUACCAAACAAAAACAUUUAUGCGAAUUGAAUCAAAAAUUACAAUCACGACAAAUUGAUGCAAAAGAAUUGAAAUCCAUCACACCUGAUACUAUUUCAAAGAAGGCUCUAGUCCAUGAUGAUAAUUUUCUUGAUUCAUUGUUGAAAAAGGCCAACACUCCAGUUACGGAACGAUUAAUUGCACGUGUAUGUCAAAAUCCACAAAUUCAAUCUUGUGUUAAAAAAUUUCGUCUCGAAAAUCCUGGAUAUGAACAAUGGUUACCAGUUCAAAUUGAACUUUGGUACGAAAAACGUAAAAUUCAAAAAGACAAAUUGAAAAAUGUGGAUAAAACUGGUGCUGUACAUCGACAAAAUAACGAUAUCCAAAAAGAGAAAAAUUCCCAGCCCAAAAAAGCUUCAGUAGCUAUGAAUGAUCAAAAAGAAAAGAAACAAAAACAAGAAUCAUUUCCAACCGAAAAAAUACGCCAUUCUUUGCCUAAAUUAGCAAUAAAGAAAUCACCAUCAAAUCCGAGGCUGUCUUUGUCGAAAAAACGCAAAUCUUUUGCAUCGACAUUUCAGGUUACACAAUUGAAUGAAAAUUCUUCCAAUAAUGAUAUUCAGAUUGAUGCCGUAAAAACAAAAUCAGCCGUGAUCAAACGAAUCAAUUUGAAUUCAAUGUCAGAUAAAAUACUGGAUGAUGAUGAAAGUGAUACGAAUAAUCUGGUAAAAGUUGAAAGUUCACCGAAGAAAAUGCCCGUGAAAGAUGGAUUUUUUCUUGGUAAACAAAACGAUAACGACAAAGAUCCGAUUACAAAUAUCGAAGAAGAUUUCAUCCAAAUGCAUUAUGCAUCCGAUGAUGAUCAAUAUUUAAAUGCAAAACCGAAUAAUCAUAAUAAUAAGAAUAAGACAUCUAAUGACUAUAAAAAGAAAUUUCAUAAAUCAUUUAAUGGUAAAAAAUUCGAUUCCUCAAAACAAAAUAAAUCAUUCACACCAAAUGUUAAACGUCGAUAUUUUGAUGUUGAUGAUCGUUCGAAAUCUGAACGGAUUGAAUCGAAUCGAAAAAUUCAUCCCUCAUGGCAGGCAAAAAUGCAAUCGAAAGAAAGGCAAAAAAAUUUAAUCAAUUCUUCAACGAAAAAACUGAAUAAACAUACCAAAUUUUCAUGAAUUUUUCCUCAUUUAUUAUCGACUAUCACUGACAAUAAAUAACAUGUUUCUUUUCGUUUU